CGGUUAUGUAUAAGCAUUUUCUUUCUCUUUGCAUAACCCUGUUAGGGUUUUUGGGGUGGCCAUUUUUGUUUCUCAACAACCUUAAUUUACAUUCCACUUCGCACCAUUCACAAUGAAUUCCAACACUAUAUGAUACCUUUCCUGGACAUCGCCAACAUUGUUUUGACCAAUAUUUCAAAACAUCGUCUAACACCGGUAAGCUGUUUUGCCCCGCACAUUUUUUUAGUUGCUCUUUUAGAUUCUAUCCAUUUCCCGGAACUUGGUUUUCGAACCGAUGGAUAUCCAUCCACUCGUUAGCACACUGGGCUUAUGGAAGCUUCAACUGCAAGAAAAUUCCAUUCUUCCAUUGGGCAAAUCGCAGUUGUUGCUCAUUUGUCAGACAUGAUGGGUUCGAAUUCGAACCAUGAAUUCAAUAACCCUUUUAGGUCCAAAGGUGGUCCACAAAUUUUCCCAUUCUUUGAUUAUUUUGCGGAGUUUAUGUAGCCAUCCGUUUGGUGGUGAUGGAUUUGAAUGCAUUGAGGAGCCUUUGAAAAACUUAGAAUUAAAUUGUGAUUCUGCUGUGGAUGGAACGCUCCGUUUAAACGAGGAUUGGGGCUAUAACCAAAAGCAGUUUUCACCGAGAAAAGGGUUCAUAGAAAGUGUAAGGUUAGAUGCUAAGAGGGUUCUUGAUGUUCUCCGACAAGACGGUCCCGGUCUCGAUGCCAGGUUGGUUUUAGGUGAGUUGCAUGUGAGGCCAUCAGGGCUUCUCGUGAGGGAGGUUCUCUUUGGAAUUUUGAAGAACAUAAAUUCUGAGAAUAAAACUAGGUGUGCAAAGCUGGCAUACAAAUUUUUUGUGUGGUGUAGUCAGCAAGAGGGUUACCGGCAUACUGCAAAUGCAUAUCACUUACUUAUGAACAUAUAUGCGGAGUGUGAGGAGUUUAAGGCAUUGUGGAGAUUGGUUGAUGAAAUGAUUGAGAAACGGCAUCCGGCUACUGCUCGAACUUUCAAUAUAUUGAUUCGUACUUGUGGUGAGGCAGGAUUGGCUAAGAAAUUAGUGGAGAGGUUCAUAAAAUCAAAGACAUUUAACUUUAGGCCUUUUAAGCACUCCUACAACGCAAUCCUACAUGGUCUUCUUGUUUUAAAUCAGUACAAGUUGAUUGAGUGGGUUUAUCAGCAGAUGUUGCUUGAUGGAUUUUCUUCAGAUAUUUUAACUUAUAAUAUUGUCAUGUAUGCCAAGUACAGACUUGGAAAGUUGGAUCAAUUUCACAGACUGUUUGACGAGAUGGGUAGAAAUGGAUUUAAUCCAGAUUUUCACACCUUCAAUAUUCUACUUCAUGUUCUUGGCAAAGGGGACAAACCGCUUGCAGCUCUCAAUCUCUUAAAUCACAUGAGAGAAAUGGGUAUAGAUCCAACUGUGCUUCAUUUCACUACACUGAUAGAUGGACUCAGCAGAGCUGGAAAUAUGGAUGCUUGCAAGUAUUUUUUUGAUGAAAUGAUAAAGAAUGGGUGUAUCCCAGAUGUGGUGGCUUACACUGUAAUGAUAACAGGAUAUGUAGUGGUUGGUGAGCUUGAGAAAGCCCUGGAAAUGUAUCAAGAUAUGAUUUCUAGAGAACAAAUUCCAAAUGUUUUUACAUACAAUUCCAUAAUUCGGGGAUUGUGCAGGGCAGGAAAAUUUGAUGAAGCAUGUUCAAUGCUCAACGAAAUGGAAACCAAAGGUUGUCGUCCAAACUCUGUUGUCUAUGAUUCUUUAGUGAGUUGUUUACGGAAUGCUGGAAAGACUGCUGAUGCUCAUGAAGUGAUAAGACAGAUGACAGAGAAGAGGAAGUACACUCACAUAUAUUCAAGAUACGAACGGAACAAAUGAGGCAUCGACUUUUGAUCUGGAUAACUGAGACCCAUGAUCUGCUGCGUGUUCAGCUGACUGGAAGCUGGAUAAUGAACUUUUGGAGGUGUAAGAGUAAUCUUCCUGGUUCAUGAGUUCCAAAAUCCAGAGCAAGCAUCAAACAACAGCUUCAAAUAUUGCCAAUAGUCAGAGAUGCAGUAAUUAUUUAAGUUGAUCUCCACACACAUGCUUAAGCUGGUUGCUUUUCUGUGGCUUCAAAGGGCAGCCAUUCAGUUUGAUGCCACAUUCCAGAUGAAGAUUGGAAUGCUUAUCCUCUUUUAUUGUCAGGUUAUUGUUAUGGUUAAUUUUUUGGCUUGAUAUUUUGUUUUCAUAAUUGAUAGGCAUAUUCUGUCAUCAUGCCGUGGGAGCAGUCCAACAGUAAGGGUGUCGGUCACAUACAGUCAUCUUGCUUGAGAUCUUUUUAUUGCAAAAACGUAUGCUGUUAGAGAUAUUAAAAUGUUUAACUUUAUGGUAGAUAACGACACUUCUUUGCCUAAAGCACACAAUCGUCUGUAUAAUAAGUAGCAUUGUACAUGGCUUAUCCUUUUGGAAUACUACUUUCCAAAUUUGAAAUCAGGGCUACUUUUAUUUUUGACAACUAAUUGCAUCUGCUUUUGUUGUGCAACAAUUUCAUCUUUGCCCGUUAGAAAGUUUCCCAACGUAGGAACCACUUAUGUCAGAUUCAAUUGAUUUUACAAGGCUUCCUUUUCAUUCUCCUUCAAACAGAUUUUUGCUUAAUAUUUCUCCGAUUUAUCGUGCCAAGUGAUACAUAGGACACGUUGAUGCAAUUUUUCAUUUAAACAUCAUACAGGAUAAAUGUUGAACGUAAGUGUAUACAUCCAUCAUUCAAGUUCCCGCGCUGAUUGUACAACCACAUAGGAUUGAUGUUUUUAGGUUUUCUGUUGGAUGGAUUGGCGACUCAAAGUUUCUUCAUUCGUCAUCCGGGGCUUGUGUAUCUACAUGUAAUCAUGAAGGCGGCCGUUGCAUUUUUGGUCUGUCAGCUAAGCCUAUUCAGCAUUGUGUUUUCCCCCUUGAUCUUUCUCAUAUGGUUUUAUUCGUGUAUUUUUUAUUCCUGAUUGAAUUGACUGGUAUUACAUACUUACCUGUGACAUUCCUAUACUGAGAAUGAGACUGAGGAUAAUUCAUCUAAGGGUGUUGGCUGUUGAACCCUACCACAGCUGAGCAAAACUCUACUAGUCCACUCUACUAGUCCAUUGAAAAAGCAUUUAGAAAAAAAUAACCAUUGAAUGUCUAAAUAUAGAUAAUUUUUAAAAUCACUCUGGAAUUUGCCUAUGAAA